AUGGAGAAGAGGGUGAACAAUGCACGGGAUUGCUGGGUUUUUGCAACUACUGGAAAUCAUCACUUCCCAAGAAACCCUAAUGGUUUCUACCCAUUUUGGCUAAGCUUUUCCCUUCAUUUCUCUUCUCCUCCCUUAGCUUUUCCUAUCUUGGUGAAAUUUCCUCUGUCUAUUAGGACAAAAUCAGGAACUUUGGGAGCUCAAGGCCCCUUUCCCGCGGCUAUUCCAGUGGGAGGCUCCAUUCUUAGCUAUUUUUCUUCUUCUUUCCUUCCUCCUUCCUUGGCUAGAUCUGAUGAAGGAAAGGAAGUGGAUACACAUGCUGGUUCAAAGGGUGCUUCUGGCAGCUCGCAGGCUAAUAUUCUUUGGUUCCUUGAAUGUUUCUUGCUUGGAACUUGCUCCCCCCAUGUGCUGGAACCUCCAGCAGUUUUUUUCAAUAAAUCUUCAGACCUCCCUCUUCGUGGCUUCUAUUUUUCUAGCAAGGGGCUGAGGCUUUUGUGGCUUAUUUUGGAGUUUUGUAUGGGCCAAGGUGGUUCCUUAAGUAAGUGGGAUAUUUAA